AUGUCGUUCAACAGAGAUGAUGACUCGAAGUUGAAGUUUAAGACUUCAAAGAAGCUCAAGGUAUCUGCCACUUUUGAGUCGAUGAACUUGAAACCGGAUUUGUUACGAGGCAUAUAUUUUUACGGCUUUGAAUAUCCAUCAUCCAUUCAGUCUAGAGCCAUUUCUCAGAUUAUCUCAGGAAAAGAUGUGAUUGCCCAGGCACAGUCUGGUACCGGUAAGACGGCCACAUUUACCAUUGGAUUAUUACAAGCAAUUGAUUCUAAGAGCAAAGAGUUACAAGCAUUGGUCUUAUCACCAACAAGAGAACUAGCGAGUCAAAGUGAAUCUGUGAUAUCUAACCUAGGAGACUAUUUGAACGUUACAGCACAUGCGUGCACAGGAGGUAAGGCCUUACAACAAGAUAUCAAGAAAGUAUCGAAAAAUUGUCAAGUGGUCAGUGGUACACCGGGCCGUGUACUAGAUAUGAUCAAGAGACAAGUAUUGAACGUUAGAAACUGUAAGAUCUUAGUUCUCGAUGAAGCAGAUGAACUACUCGGAGAAACUUUGGGGUUUAAACAACAAAUCUACGACAUUUUCACCAAGUUACCACCGACGAUUCAAGUCGUGGUGGUAAGUGCUACAAUGAGUAAAGAUAUAUUAGAGAUCACCAAGAAGUUCAUGAGUGACCCGGUGAAGAUAUUGGUUAAGCGGGAUGAGAUAUCCUUGGACGUGAUAAAGCAAUAUUAUGUGGAUGUAGAAAAGGAAGAAUGGAAGUUUGAUACACUCUGUGAUCUAUACGAUUCGUUAACGAUAACACAAUGUGUGAUAUUCUGUAAUACAAGGAAAAAAGUGGAUUGGUUAUCCAGGAAGUUGACACAGACGAAUUUCUCUGUGUCCUCAAUGCACGGUGACAUGAAACAGGAAGAACGUGAUCAAGUGAUGAAUGAUUUCAGGAGUGGAAAAGCCAGGGUGCUAAUAUCGACAGACGUGUGGGCUCGUGGUAUCGAUGUCCAGCAGAUCUCAUUGGUGAUAAACUACGAUAUACCAGAUAAUCUAGAGAACUAUAUCCAUCGUAUUGGUAGAUCCGGACGGUUUGGACGUAAAGGUGUUGCAAUAAAUUUCAUCACGAAGGAGGAAAGACCCAAAUUGAAAGAGAUCGAAUCGCACUAUAGAAUUAAGAUCAAACCAACUCCUGCAAAUUUAGAAGAGUUGUCGUGA